ACAAAUCCUGCCUUGUCUAAAGAGAUCUACGGGGUGAUCUAAACAUUUGAACAAGAAGGUUCUGUCGACGAGUUAUGGUUUCGCCAAUGAGACGUUACCCAGCGUGGGAUGAUUACAUUAUUACGUAACGUUUGCUUGGUGAGUGUACGGCGCUUGGGCUUUAAACUUGAAGUUAUAACUGCACAUGUGUAGUUGCACAUAGCUGUGGCAUUAGUUAGCUAAAGCUAUCCAACCCUUCAAGUUGAAAGUCCUCGAAAAAGUGUUCAAAUUGUCGCACACUAGUCUAUCAUGUCGAAACCAACAGUAUCAGAUUUUUUGCUCUCGAACCCCGAGAUAAGUGACCUGUAUCAGCGAGCUACUCAGUCCGACUUUCUUAGCCUUGCUGGUCAAGGCCAGUUACCCCCGGAUAUUCUUAGUCAAUGGCUAUCUCAAGAUCGGCUCUACGCCCAGGCCUACGUUAGAUUUGCUGGAGGAUUGAUCUCUCGUGUUCAACUACCGACUAGGUUGAAUGACCGAGAGACCACAAAAAGUCUGGAAUGGCGCAUUCUGACGCUGAUCCAGACUGCUCUUGCAGGUGUUACGAGGGAGCUACAGUUAUUUGAAGAAGCCGCUAAGAAAUACGGACUGGACCUUGAAGCCCUCGGACCUGUGGCCGAAGGAAAUAAUUUGUCCAACAAGUCGACCGUUUUCGGACCUAAUAAGGUCACGCAGGAUUACAUCAACUUAUUUGACUCAUUCGCCGCGCAGCCUCGCGGAGAUGCGUCCAAAACUCUCCUAGACGGAUUGGUCCUCCUCUGGACUACGGAGAAAGUUUACCUAGAUUCUUGGACCUAUGCAAAACAGCAGGCUUCGGGUAAUACAGAUAGUAAAGCGGAUCUCGACGGCGGAGCUUUACGGAAGGAGUUCAUUCCUAAUUGGACUUCUGAGGAGUUCGUGGCUUUUGUGGAUGAGUGUCGGGAGUGUCUGGAUGCCUACGCCGCCACACAAGCUGAGGACACGGAGGAAGUCAUCGCUACGGGUUCGAUGGUGCUUUACAAGAAAGUCCUUGUCCUCGAGGAAUCGUUCUGGCCAAUGGUCGCAUGAGGGCAGUACUUUUCAGACCGAAAACGUUCGUCAUUCAACCCUGAAAAACGUAAUCAUAUAGAUCGAAGAUUCUUUUGAGGAAGAGUAGCUGGGUUGUGAGGCUAAAUCACUGAGGAUACUAGGUAUCGCUGUUAUGUUUGAAUGACUAGGUACCAGUCAUCCAAUUUAAUACUGAAAUAAAAUAUCAAAUCACAGUAGUAGGAAAAGAAGCGCUUUAGGGGAUGAACUAUAUUGCUUUUAGCCAUAAACUGGGUUUAAUGAUAGAUUGAUAUAAACCAAUCGCUCAAUUCAAUAUCCGAGAUACUUAA